AUGGCCCCCUCCGCCGCUCCCUGGCGCGGGCUAUUCCUCGCCAGCUUCGAAAAGAGCCGUGUCUCGACAUUCAAUCUAACAACAAUUGCGCAUGCCCCGUCCAACCGACCCGUUCCGCGCUCGCGCACGGUCGAAUUCCGAGGCUUCUGGCCCAAGUCCGCAUCGACUCUCCACAAAUCCGGGAUCGAGGCGCUCAAGACGCAGAAUAUCGGACUGAACCCAGAUGUAUACGAGAGUGAUUUGCUUUCUGUCACGACGGACGCGAGAAUGGGCAAGGUAGGCCAAUUGGCGGACUCGGAUGAUGUAGUUGAGGGCGUGUUUUGGUUUGAGGAAGUUUCGGCGCAGUGGAGGGUUAGGGGGAGGGCGGUUACCGUCGGCGCGCCGGAGGAAGAGGAGGAGGAGAGGAAGGUUAGGGAUAUGGUCAAGAAAGGGAUGAGGGAGAAGGGUGAUGGGAAUGGGAAUAUCAAGGACUGGAGUUGGGAGAGACAGGUAGCGACCUAUUUCGCGAACCAUAGCCCUGUUAUGAGAGGGACGUUCAAGAACCCGCCUCCUGGUCGGCCGCGCAGUGAAGCGCCGCCUGACCCGCAGCUGAAACUGGGCCAGAAGAUUGAAGAUCUCAAGGACCCGAUCGCGAGGGCGAACUUCCGGGUCUUGCUUAUUUUACCGCAGGAAAUGGAGGUGUUGGACUUUUCAAAUCCUGAUGAUGUGCGGCGGACCCGAUGGACGCUUGCUGAUGGGGACGACGGAAAAUGGAAGGAGACGGAGUUGUGGCCGUGA